AUGAAGCCAUCUGAAACAAAGUUCGCACCAACAACCAAAGCAGAAUCUGGAAAAAACAUGCAGUCAACCAAGCCAACAGACUCUCAAAAUAAACAGCCAUCUGAAGAGAGGCAAAAGAAACCCAGUGAUGCAGAAAGCCAAACUUCACCUUCUAUGACAACAGCUUCUAAACCAAAUGAUAUAGGAAAAGUAACUAAAGCUCAGGCUGACCAGCCUCCACAAGCAACCUCCAUGGAGACACCAAAGCCUAAACCAGAGAAGAUGUCCAUAGAGGCUGGUGUAGGUGCAGCUGGUGCAGGGACAGCGAGUGCAAGUGUGGUUGCUGCAGCUGAUGAGUCAAGUACUGAGCCUGGUAUGGAUGAGUCAGCACUAGAUAGCCUAAUAGAUACCCUAGGUGGACCUGAAGAAGAUGUGCCUACUAGUCCUGUUUACACUGGUCCAGAAGUUACGGAAGGUAUAUCUUCGAGAUACUUGGAAGAGAUGGGUAAACGGGAAGGUAGUCUCCCUCCAGAAUAUGUAAAAUUGUUGAAGAGCAAAGGAGAUGGCAAAGAUGGAGUCCCACCAAAAGUAGAUGAACGAGAUGAAAAACCGAUGACAGAUGAUGAACUUGCAGAGGCCCUGUCAUCUGACUUUACCUGUAGUACUGCUUCUGCUGAAGAAAAGACGGCAAGUCUGACAGAGAAACCAAGUAAGGAAGAAGAAAUUGUUCAAGCACAAGCAGCAAGUGCAGUCAAGACCUUGGCUCCUCCUAAGGAGAAGAAAACAAAAUCAAAAGAGGAAAUUAAAGAUGAAGGAGUAGAAGCUCUUCUUGCUACUCUUGGUGGACCUGAACCUGAACCUGAAGAUCGUAGCCCUGUUGUAGAGGUGUCAGAGACAAAAGCUAAAGAGAAAAAAGAAGAAAAGACUGGAGAACGUGAUGAUACAAUACCUCCAGAAUACAGGUUAACACCAGAGUUG